CCUUACUUGGUUCCUAUUUGAUUCAUCCGCUCGAUUCCCAAAUUUCUCUCUUUUAUCAAAUUCAGAAUUAGGUUAACUUCCAAUUUUAAUUUCAAUUCGAUCAAUUCAAUAUUUUCUAAUCCGAAUAACACUUUCUUGUGUUGAGUAUUUCGUUUCUUGGAUUAGGGUUAAGAAAUCUAAUUCAAACCAUGCCUCCGAAAGUGGUGAAAAGAGGUUCUGCGGCAAAGAAGGCGAAGGUUUCUUCAAAAACCUCAAUUCAGAAUCCGCCGCAAGAACCUGAACCCAAACCUAUCAAGAAUCAUGAAGACAAUCAUGUUGAUGAUUCUGCGGUGGAGGAGAAUUCUGUUGAAACAGUGCCUAAUGGUGUAGCUAUGGUGGAAACAGACAAUGGAGAGGAGGUUAAGGAGUCCAUAGAUGAAUAUGAAAAAGAUGAACACUUAGAUUUUGAGGAUAAUUAUCAUGAGUAUGAUCCUGAGGAGUAUGUUGGUGAUGAUGACUAUGAUGAGAGAGGAAUUGAACAAGACGAGGGUCAGGAGGCCGGAGAUGAAGUGGAGGAAGAACCUGAAGAGAAUGUGGAUGAAGAAGAGGGUGAUACAGGUGAUGAGGAAGUUGAAGAAGUUGAAUAUGUUUAUGAAGAAGUCGAGGGUGAUGAUGAUGAUGUUGCUGGUGAUGAUGAGCAUGCCAGUGAGGAGAACGUGCAUGAGCAUCUGGCUGAUGUAAAGGAAGAGGAACAAGUUGAAGUUAUAAAGGAGACGCAGAAGCAGAAGGAAUUGGAAGUAUUUGUUGGGGGCCUAGACAAGGAGGCUACAGAGCAUGAUUUGAGGAAGGUUUUCAGUAAAGUUGGGGAGAUUACUGAAGUUAGGAUGACUGUGAAUCCUCAGACUAAAAGAAACAAGGGAUUUGCUUUAUUGCGUUUUGAAACUGUUGAACAUGUUAAAAGAGCAUUGGCAGAGCUAAAAAAUCCUGUGAUUAAUGGCAAACAAUGUGGUAUCACUAUCACCACAUGUCAGGACAGUGAUACUCUUUAUUUAGAUAACAUAUGCAAGUCAUGGAAAAAGGAAGCUUUAAAGGAGAAAUUGAAACAUUAUGGAGUUGAAAGUUUCAAGGAUUUGACUUUAUUAGAAGAUGAUAACAAUGAGGGAACAAACUGUGGAUGUGCUUUUUUGGAAUUUUCAUCUCAUUCAGAUUCUAAGGACGCCUAUAAGCGAUUGCAGAAGACAGAUGUUGUUUUUGGAGUUGAUAAACCUGCCGAGGUUUCCUUUGCAAACUCCUUUAUUGACCUGGGUGAUGAUAUUAUGGCACAGGUUAAAACAGUAUUUAUUGAUUUACUGCCUCCUUCAUGGGAUGAAGAUUAUGUCCGAGCUCUUCUUAAGAAAUAUGGGGCGGUUGAAAAAGUUGAGCUUGCUAAGAACAUGCCAGGUGCUCGCAGGAAGAAUUAUGGAUUUGUUACGUUUGGUACACAUGCUGCUGCUGUAGAAUGUGCUGAGAGCAUUACCAGUGCAGGGUUAGGCGAAGGCAACAAAAAGGCAAAAGUUAGGGCUAGAUUGUCGAGACCUCUUCCGAAAGUUCGUGGUAAACAUGUUCCUCAUAGGGACAUUUCUGGCCGCAAGAUUGGAAGAUUGGAAAGGCCUUCACGUAGUAGACCUGCACCACGUAGUAGACCUGCACCACAGAGUCGACCUGCUCAUGUGUUCAGAAGACUUGGGAGUCGCAUUCCACCAGCUAGACCUUCUAGUGCGAGAAAUAGACGUCCUGUAACGUCGAUACCAGUAAGAGCUAGGCCAGCCUCUCCUCCAGCUAGAUCCUACAGGAGAUUAGCAGCUGCAUAUCCAAAAAGUAGCAUGAAGAGAGAUUAUGGUCGACCUGUGGAUCUGCCACCUCCAAGAAGUAGAGUUUCUGCAGAUUAUGGUUCUCAGGUGGUCUCUCAAAGAGGUCCAUCUUAUAGAGAUUAUCCAGCCCGUGACUCUGGCUACCCUGACCUGCAUAGGGAUACAUCUCGUACUGCACCAAGGAGGGGUUAUCUGGAUGAUGGUUAUGAUCGGAGACUUGAAAGGCCUCCUUCUCCAUCUCCCCGUCUAAGUUAUCGCGAAGGACGCCCCCGCGAUUAUGACGCACUAUCUGGCUCGAAACGUCCUUAUGCUGCCAUAGAUGACAUUUCUCCACGGUAUGCUGAUGCUGGUGCUCGCCAAUCAAGAUCUCGUUUAGACUAUGACUAUGGAGGCAGUGCUUCCCGAUAUAGAGAGGCUUAUGGUGAUAGUAGGCUCGAAAGAUCUAGUUUAGGAUAUAGUGGCAGUAGAAGUUCUCUAUCUAAUCAAAACUCACAUGGGGCAUAUAGCAGUCGACAGGACCCAAGUUAUGGCAGAGGCUCUCUUGGUGGUAGUGAUGGAGGUAUCUACUCAUCAAGCUAUGGUGGUGAUUACUUAUCUCGUGGAAGUGAUGUUGGUGGCAGCUCAUAUUCAUCCAUGUAUUCUAGUAGGGGUAUGAACGGUAGUAGCAGUUAUAUGAGUGGUAGCGGUGGUGGAUCUAGAUCUUAUUAUUGAGGCUGGCUGCUGUUGGAUGUGAAUUUUGUAGCUUAUGGACGUUCUGAUGCCCGUCAUUUUGAAGAAAAGAUUAUUGCUGAGUUAAAGACUGAUUUGGAAUUUUCCACUAAUCAAGGAUUACUUCAAUUCAAGAUAUCUUGGAUCUUCUCUUGAUACAGUUGAAGUUAUUCAAUUUAUGAGGUUAAUUCUAAAUGUACAGAGGAGUGUCAAACAUGUGAUGUGUAAUUAAAACCUAGUUUUAUAUGAUAUCUCCUGGCUCUGUUCAUUUGGAAAGAAAAUGAAGUCCAUGGAUUUGGAUUAUUUUUUGCUGUCGAAAAAGUUGGUUUAUUAAAUUGAUUUUUUUU